AUGCAGAAUAGGAUUUCAAAAGACAAUUUUGCCGAAAUAGCUCAGCAUGCAGUAACCAGUAUACGACGUUUAGUAAGCUCUGUCCAUCACGAAAAUGUCAGGCCAUCUCAGGAGGAUCUUCUUUCUGCCUCAAAACAGAUUGAGGAUUUAUGGAAGAAAAAUCGAAUGGCAGUUGACGCCUCGGUGGUUAAGCUGUGGAUGUCUAGCCUCUCAGAUGAACUCUUAUUUCAUCUCAGCUCUGAUGACAAAAGAAGUGCGCGUAUUUCAAUUUCAGAGUCGGUGAUGGUGAUGACAUUAGAGGCAGCCCGCAUUGUUUGCCAUACUAACGUCCUUACUAAUUGUACCCCUCUUGCAAUCUGCAAUCUUCAUCUGCUCUUGGUUGAGUAUUUUAUGGAGACGCCGCUUACCAAACGAGUUCGUGAUAUGUUUGCCCUGGUGUUGGUUGAACUUUAUGGGAACCAAGUAGAGCUUUUAGACGAACUGGUAGAAGCCAUAAUUCCAUUCCUAGUAGUGCUGCCCUCCAGUACAAUGGAAAAUGACAAAGUGUCUAUAAAGACCACCGAGUCAAUGAUCAAACAACAUCAAAGUUUUAUUAAAUAUGAGUUAACGUCCACAAUUCGUCCGAUUCAAAUUUAUUUAGCUUCCCUGUUGGUAACCGCUCUUCAUCGAGUCAGCGCCCUUGGUUUCGAUUCAGCGGUGGUCAAGAGUCUGUCUAAGCGUCGCAUUAAAUCGAUCACCUCACUAUUGCAAAGUGCCUAUAAUGUGAGGUCCACGGCGUUAGUAGUAAUGAACGAUGGCGACGACGCGCCCUCCCCUUCUUCCGUGAACGAGGACUAUGAAGUCGCGUUGUGCGCCGUCUACCUGUCCUUGAUCGGGGGGCUUUUCCGAGGCAACGACGCGUGCAAGACGCUGGUGACCUCCGGCUACGGGCAUGAAUUCAGCACUGUCUGGACCUUCGCGGCCUCUCGGCUGUCCUAUAUGAAGUUGGAAUUACCCCUCCCAGCGCCAACCCCCAAGGACAGCGUGGUUACUUUGGACACCUUUCAGGUCUGGCAAUCCGAACUGCUUGAGUUGGUGAUGGAGCUGUGCUCAGAAGACAGCUUCACCCUACGACGGAUGGCCCUGAGUUCGAUCUUGGAUAACGAGCUCCAGUGCAACUCCAGCAGCCCCCGCAGUGGCACCCUGACAACCGCCACGCAUGUUACAGGAAUCACCCCUAGAGGGGCUGGCACCGGCUUUCAGGCCGCAACCCAGUCCCACUACAAUCCAAUUCCUCUCCACUGGGAUACCAUCCUGGCGGGAGGCGCGCCUUGGGUGUGGCAGUUUGCCUCGUCUAUCUCCUGUUGCAUAUUCACCUCACAGAGCAUUGAUAUUCUAGAGCUUUGCUUGUUGGGACUGGAUGCGAGUAGCGCCUUGGCGGAGUCCAUGCUUCGGUGCUUUAUUUCAACUUUGGCGCUCAUGUGCUUUGCCAACCCGUACAAUGCCAAACGUCUGGCAGAGAAGGAGAUGUUUCAAUGCCUCUUUGCGGUCGCCACAAAUCGUCAGAGUGGCAUCUUUAUGAAUACCGUACGCAUAAACGAAACUAAAGGAGGCUUAAAACUCGACGGUGUGGAUGGUUUCACCGUUGUCUCUCCUGCCACUACGGAGCCGACAACAAGCACAAUACAAUUGGCGCUAUCUUUUAUGUGUUCUCUUGCAUCAUUAUGCUUCCCCAAACGCAUUUUACAUCUUCUCAUGCAAGGCAUUAAGGAUAUGUCCACGACCCCGCCCUGUCAAACUGAUGUCAACAUCGAGGAAUUGUUGCUCUAUGUGUUAAGCCAUACCUACGUUCCCCACCGUUCUCUUUUUUUUCCAGGGAAUGGUGGCGUUAGGUGCGAAUUGAGUCAGUUUGUCGGAAGGUGGUCCGGGUACAGUUUUUCAGCGUGGAUUCAUCCGCUCUGUGUGUGGACAGAGGGAUGCCGUCUUUUUUCUUAUACCAUCAGCCCAGGCACCUCGGUUGAGAUUAUCGUAGUGGCUAACGGACGCUCUUGUUUUCUCGAAGUACGUGUGCACACAUUGAAGGAAUCCACAGUGUUUUUGGUGCCCGAUAGCAUCUUCUAUGCGAAUACGUGGUCACAUAUUGCCUUUACACACGGCAUUUCCUCAAUAAUUUUUUAUGUUAAUAGUAGAAAGUUAAGUACAGACUUCAGAGCUCCAUUCCCCAAAUAUCAUUUCAAACGCCAGAAGCUCUACUUUUCCUUUGGUGGCACCGCGGAGGACCCCUCUUUUUUCGGUUAUGUGACCAGCAUGAACAUUCUGGAAGGUAAUAUCAGCGAAAAGGAUAUUGUAAAGCUUUAUGCACAAGGCCCCAACUCGAUUGAAGGGAGCGAAUUUCGUGUUUUGCUUUCAAUAGGCGCUACAACACCCUUAGCUCAAUCUAGCAAUGAGAAAGUCUUCACAAGUAACCUCGAUUCGACCGUUGAAUCGUGUGCUAGCAUAAAGGGAAGUCUUUCCAGCAAGUGUGAUAGCAUUUCAGUUUGUAGAGUCUACUCUAUCAUGGCAGGUUCUGUGCAAGAAGAGAUUCAGGAAUGCGGAAUACUACCAUGGGCACUGAAAACUUUAAAAGAAUCACAUGGAUCCCCUAAUUUUAAAACUAUCGCAAAGCUUUGUCUUGAAUUCGUUUCCGCAGCUAUGCGCAUAACUAACACCGAUGCUGAGCUUAAUGCUAUUCUGAAGGAUUCAUAUCUGACAGACUUAAAUAAUGAAAUAUUAACUUGGUCAGACACUUUUCCAGACUUCCCUGUGAUUUUGCUUCUAGGAGCCACACUUCGUGGUAGCACCCGAACCCUUCGUCCGCAUCAAAGCACACAAGCGGUUUUUUCUAUACUCAUCGAACGUCUUGAUGUGGUGUGUCGUGCCACUGAAGGAGGCCACGUUGCGCGCAAUCCCACCACCGCUGCGAUCAUAUUGCGUGAAUUAAGUGACUAUUUGUGCGAUAGUGAAAAUCUAAGGCUUUUUAAAGAAGCCCCAAAACGUUUUGAACGUAUUCUUUUUAUGAGUCUCGAUCUCCCUCCAGAGUGUAUUGAGGCAGUUGUUAUUCUGAUUGAGAAGUUGUGCAAAGGUGUGGCGGAGCUAGAGCAUACGCUGCGUUUCUUGUUGCUCCCUCAACCACUCCAUCCUAACGCGGAUACCACCAAGGCUGCAAUUCUCCGUAUGUUGUUUGACGUUGCCAGGACUAAUGUGAUGAUGUGCGAUUGGAUCGGAUCCUGUUUUAAGGGUUGCGGGGCCUCCUUUCUUAUCAUGCUAAUUCAUGGGAAGAACCACUGCAAGGAGGUUAUUCGGGUAUUUUCUUUGCGCCUUCUCUCCCUCAUGCUGCAUAUUAAUCGCAAAUUCCGCGAGGCGUUUUACAGGUCCAACAAGUUUGAGGUCAUUUCUUGCGCCAUUACUAAUCAAGUAUCCGGUGUGCCAAUACGCCUGCCCACAUUGGAUUGUCUGUUUCAUAUGGCUUUUGAUGACUAUCUCCCGACGGAGAACUUGGAUGAAACUAUUACAUCCCGUUUCAACACAAAUAGUUUGAUAUCCCGAAGCAUUUCAUCGCCAAACAUGGACAUUGCUUCGAACCACAUGAAUGGGGCUCAAAAGAGUUUUAAUUUGACUGGCCAUUCUCCCGGACUCAUUUCCAGACGUCUCAAGGUUACUCACCGUGAGUAUAGUUUCGAAAUCGCGCAUGAUUUUGGAAAGUCAAGCAUUUCUCUACAGUUUGAUGACGCAUAUCGCAAUAAGUCCACCCCAAACACCACUCUUCGCGUGCCACAAGCAUUUAAAGUGGCACUUCAAGUCCUUGGCUGCCUUAUUACCACCAUCGGCAAUUCUUUUCACGCAUCGCGUAUUAAUAGCUCCGAGAACGAUUUAGCCGAUACCUGUGGAGCGACAGUUCAAGAAAGCACCCUCACCAGCACCUUUUUGACAUCCUCCUAUGGUGAUGAAGUUUCAGACCGUGUUGUGAUACGGGUACUGCUAUAUUUGGAAAAGAUAAUUGAUAUAGAUAAAAAUGGCGAAGCGCUACUGCCCUACCCCUGGUUGGAGUGGCUUUGGGAUGCAGUUAGCCCCGUUGUUAGUUAUCGGCGGUCUUAUUCGGGGGGUAGCCCUCUUGGUACGAAUACAAAUCUUCACUGGUCCAAAAAGUUUCCAUCAGCUGUCAUAACCCAUAUCCGAUAUAUUAUACGGAAAAUGCUCGUAUUGGACUUUACGCAUAGCAGCAAGGCGGACGCGGUGCGGCGCAUCCGUGAGGGCGAUACGCAGUCUCCAUACUUAAUCCGCAUCAUACUCGAGGAGGUGGUACGGCACUUUUCUAAAUCUGAGCUAUCAGAUCCUAAUCACGCUUAUAAUGUUUUAAAAAAUAUCAACAAUUUACUUCUAAACGUCGAGCGCUUGUUAGAUCCCUUUCCGACUGUUUUAGGAAUCGAAAUUGUUGUCUCUAUCAGCGCGAUUGCUAUACGCAAUAGCUCUUGGGUUCGAAUGCGUAUGAAGAAUUCAACCCAGCUUUUUGAUACGCGUGACCGCCUCGCAUUUUACCUAUUGGCCAUGUCUAAACAUUACAUUAAGGUAGACAUGGAACUGCUUGUGCAGCUGAUGGAUGCGAAUGCCCACAACCUCCAUUCGAUGUGUCUCCUCCUUGAGCGCUUUAUCCUCGCCAUUAACCAAAAAGAUGUCGACGAGCUGGAGAUUAUUCUUCAGCUAAUACGCCAUCUCGUUAUCACUUAUGAGGAUCAGCAUUAUGAGGUGUACCGAUUGUUGGGAACUACCAGUCCGAUGCUCGCGAAAUUGUUGUGUAUGGCAGGCGAGUGCGGCAGCGCCUCCUCUCUGGCACCGGACGCCCAUCGGAAAUCAAACCAAAAGGAAUCCCCACACGCACACGAGGCUAAAGCUCAAUCUAAUACUAAUAUUGCGGUGAGCUACGCUUUAUCCAACCCGAGGGAUAUCCAUCACGAUCCGGAAUACACGGAGCCUGCGGAAAAUGAUUUGCCGGUGAUGCAAAUCAUCGAAUGGCGUCGAACUCACGAGGUGGAAUGGGCCACCUUAACACAGCACCUGGGGCACAAGAUGACGAAAAUUAUAGACGCAUUUAUGAAGUCUGGUAAGGAUCGAUCUGAAAAAGAGAAGGCCCUGUCGUUGAAGGGAUCUAGAGCACAGAAAGAGCGUCAUGAACAAACUAAGAAUAACGCUUUGCAAGAGCUAAAGUCUAUGGGUAAUGAAGUAGAGGCUGAGCUGUCUCCCUGA